AUGGACAAGCUGAAAGUCCUGGCGCUCCUACAGUUUCUGGCAAUACCGACCGUCUUGACUCAGACACAGCCCUUGUACGACCGCUGGGGGGAGUUUGGCCCCUUUGGCCCCUGUAGCCGCUCUUGUGGCACGGGUGUGGCGAUGAGAACCAGGAAAUGCAUUACAUCAAGGACAGAUGGGGGUCAUGACUGUGUUGGAUCGUCCAAGUCCUUUCAGAUCUGUAAUACAAAUGAAUGUCCAGUGGGUUCCAGGGACUUUAGAGAGGAGCAAUGCUCCCAAUUUGACCGAAUGGACUUCCAAGGCAGACAUCACACAUGGGUGCCAUAUUACGCAGCCAACCCGUGUGAACUGACCUGUGUCACUCGAGAAGAGAACAUUGUUUACCGUCACUGGCCCAAAGUACAGGAUGGAACUCUGUGCCAUCUGGGACGCAGUGACAUCUGUGUGGACGGCAUCUGCAGGGAAGUAAACCAAGGAGUGAUUUUGGGCAUGGAAGACGACACUUAUCCCGAUCAUUCCCCUGCCACUGAUGCCGUCGGCCCCCACCCGGGGGAGACCCAAUCAUACGUUUACAAAACCGGCGUCUACGCUGAGUGCUCCGCCACCUGCGGCGGAGGAAUGCAGUAUCGCAAAGUGGAAUGCUGGCUUCGGGACCCGGCGAAUCCCCGUAUGGUAGACGAAACGCAAUGUAUCACGCAGGGCCUGCUGAGGCCCCAGUGCCAGCAGGUGUGCAACAUGCACCCGUGCGAUGCCAAGUACACCGUCUCCAGCUUUGGUCAGUGCUCAGUGACUUGUGGAGAGGGCCAGCAGACAAGAGAAGUGAUAUGUGAGGGUCUAGGAGGGGAACGUUUGGUUGACGAUGCCUGCAUCAACCUCCAAAAACCUCCCUCGGUCCAGACCUGCAGGAGAAGAGUCUGCCACACACACAUCACCUGGCAUGUUGCGACCUACGGACUGUGCACUCGCAGUUGUGGCGGCGGUGUGAGGGAGAGGCAGGUGGGCUGCUUUGACGCCAAUCUGAAGCCACACCCGGUGGUCAGGUGCGGGAUCACGAGGAAACCCGCAACUGUGGAGCGAUGCAACGCGCAGCCCUGCCAUGAAGCUCAGAGAGUACCGAGUCUGCAGGAUCCGGGGGCGCAUGAAAGCACCAUGACAGGAUUUGUACCGCAUGUUCAUGAGGAGCCUUCAGCUUCCAGACCAAGCACUGACAGUAAUGCCAACCCAGGAGUAGUUACUCCUGACUGUCACCAGUCUACUUUUGGCUGCUGCCCUGAUGGCCAUACCUCCGCCACUGGACCCAGAAACGAGGGUUGUUCCCGAGCUGACUGUGUUCACACUAGAUACGGAUGUUGUUUGGAUGAGGUUACACCUGCUCAAGGAUUUGGAAGAGCCGGAUGUCCCGAAUACCAGACUAUUAACUCGGCAGAUCCAACCCCUCCACCUGCACGGACUGUGUGCUCCCUACCCCGCGACCAGGGGCCCUGUGACACCUGGAAGAGACGGUUUUAUUACAACACAAGCAGCGGCAAAUGUACAGAGUUUUGGUUCGGAGGCUGCCAAGGCAACGCUAAUAACUUUUUUUCUCUUGCAGCUUGUCAAAGUCAGUGUUAG